AUGCCGCUCUUCUAUACUCCUAUCGAUUUAGUAGACAUCAGUGUCGAAAUGGCUGGACUGAAGUUUCUGAAUCCUUUUGGCCUUGCCAGUGCAACCCCCACUACUAGUUCUUCAAUGAUCCGAAGAGCUUUUGAAGCUGGAUGGGGCUUUGCUGUCACUAAAACAUUCUCCCUGGAUAAGGAUAUUGUCACCAAUGUUUCUCCGAGGAUUGUGCGUGGAAUUACUUCAGGUCCUAUGUACGGCCCAGGCCAAGGCUCUUUUCUGAACAUUGAACUGAUCAGUGAGAAAACAGCAGCAUAUUGGUGUAAAAGUAUUGCUGAACUGAAGUCUGACUUUCCAAACCACAUUCUGAUUGCCAGUAUCAUGUGCAGCUAUAGCAGGGAGGACUGGACUGAACUUUCAAAAAUGGCUGAGGCUGGUGGUGCAGAUGCGCUGGAGUUAAAUUUAUCAUGUCCUCAUGGCAUGGGAGAGAGAGGCAUGGGCCUGGCCUGUGGGCAG